GUUGUUGUUGUCCGCACAAGCUGACAAACUGAAGGAAAAUACUACCAAAGCAUUACACAAAGUCCAAGAAAUCAAAAACAAAACUGAGACUGCUUUUAAGUUUGUUGAAGAUGUUCACAAAAUGGCUUCUACCAUCAAUAAUGAGCUGAAAGGCCUACAGAACUCGGCAGCAGACAUGUUUUCCAAAGCCAACACUACUCUACGACGCAGCUAUAUCGAUGAGACAACCAAAGCUAAUAAWGAACUUGCUAGUGCUCGGCAUGCAAAGGACAAACUAGCAGCUUAUGCGCGAGGGAAUGUCACAGAACACAAAACCAGAGCAGAUAUCUUAAACACAAGUAUUGUCAACAAUAAGAAGAGCUUUAACGACAAGCUGGUGGAGUUUGACUCUCUUUCACAACGCAAUACCAUGAUAGCARGACUUACUGAAGAUAUUAAUACACUGGUCCAACAAACUUUGGUUUUGAUAUCACAGAGUAAUCAAACACUUGCUGAUUCGCAUGACGUCCUUGUGCAAGCUCGUUCGUCAAUAGAUAGUGCUUGGAAAGAUAUURGUAAUGGARACAGUAGCUACAAGGAUACUGAGAAGGUAUUAACUGGCAAUGCAGGAUUGACAGCAAAGUUAGCAAACCUGAACUCCAGCAUCUCUAGUACACAAAGCUUGAUUCGCUCCACCAAUAAAUCUGUCUAUAUAAACGCAACCUUGCAUGCUGCAAACCUUACUGCUGAAGCAAACCUUAGACAGAGUGAGCUUGACAGCGUWCAAGACAAUGCAAAGCGGGCUGUGGCUGCCAUUAAGCAAUACGAAUCAGUUGUCAAACUUGUCAAUCAGUCGCUUGAGACGUCAGUCAAGGUCAAUGAAUCAUUACAAGAGAUUAUGAAAGUGUUAAACGAAUUUACCAAAACGUUUUCUGCCAUGGAGAAGAGUGCUGAAGAUAGUUUAAAGAAAAGUCAAGAAGUSUUGAAUUCAACCAAACAACGUAACACUGACCUUGCAGGUCUUCAGAACAAAGUGUCUUUGGCAAACCAGACGUUCUUGGGUGUUACAGUGGUUGGCAAUCAGAUUAAACACUAUCAUAACCUACURCUCUCUAAAACCAACAAACUUAUUGAAUGGUCAGAACCUAAUGCAGCUGAACACUCAGUCUUUAAGAGCACAACAGCUGCCGAGUCCUGGGUCAGGUUGGUGAACGAGAAGUGGGGCUCAAUCUAUUCAAAUGGUGAAGCUGUUCAACAAGAAGUAAAUCGUCUCAAUGCCUCAAUGACUUCUAUUAAUACCCAGGCUGAGCAUGCGCGUGACUUGAUGCCAAAAUCAUUUCUUGCAGUUUCAAAAGCAAAUGCCUUGUUACAAAACGUCACUGUAAGCGCUAAUCAAGCGCAUGCAGAAAAGAACAAGACCGCUGAUUUACAAUUGCAGCUCACGAAGAACAUGGAAACUUUGAAAAACAAACUUAAACAAGCCAAAGAAAGACUUGCCAAGAUUCAACAUGCUCUGAGACUGCAAGGCAAUACCUCCCUACAGUACACCCCAACGGGACGCAUUGCUCGCAAGACAGCCUUCAAUGACGUAUCUUUUGAUCUCAAAGCUGACAUCAUCCAAGGACCGUUGCUUUAUUUGGCUGAGUCAGWAAACUCGGCUAAUCCAAUUAGCAUAUCACUUGGUCUAGUUCACGGAGAGUUUAUCAGGUUUUCCUACAACCUCGGCUCCGGGCCCAUAUCAAUCACAAACUACAUGAUACCUGUCAGAAAAGGAGUCUGGUACCGAGUCUAUGCAUCUCGGUUGCAAUACACAGCACGUUUGACCGUUACAAACUAUGAAACCAACCAAACASGAACGUAUGAGAGCUCUACGAACCUCAUCAUGCCGUAUAAGACUACAAACUUCACUUCAGGUAGUAUCAAUGAAACGCGUCGUUUUUUCUCUGGCUGCAUCGACAAUGUUGUCAUUAACCAGGAACCUUUGAAUCUAUGGAAACCAGCUAAGGUUGUUGGAAACAGAUACGCAUGCUCCAAAUGUUUGGAAUCCGCCUCCAUUCCACGAUUCUAUGACUUCACAUCCGGUACCAGUUUCUUUGGCAACCCAAAUACUCAUGUCAUUCAAGGCAUGGGAACCUUUAACAUCUCUGGCAAGUCUCAGAUGAUUUUACAGUUCAGAACAUUCCAGGAAAAUGCUUCGAUUGUGAACGUCGAAGGUGAUAAUGCCUACAUUUAUGGCGUCUUCGUUGAGCUUGGUCAAGUAGUUUUCUAUUUUCUCAAUGGCUCAGACACUAACAGCCUGCGGUCCGACAGAAACUCAUCCUACAAUGACGGCCGCUGGUACGAGGUGCAUGUGACUCGCGGGCUUGUGAAUUCGUCACUGGUAAUAACAGACGUUGUCUCAGGAGAAAACCACACUACAAAWUUGCAACUCAAAUCGCCAGUCACACUCUCAGCUGGCCGUAGACUAGUGUUUGGUGGAAAGAACCCAACAAGUAACUUCAAAGCUCCAAGUAWUAAGCAGUUCGCAGGGGGUCUCCGUAACCUGAGCCUAUCCACAAACAGUGGGGAAAUGGUACCUAGAAUGCUGAAUGACAACUCUUCACUAGAAGGAUCAAGUCAAGUGGACUUUUGUGGAGUUCUACAAACUGUUGAGCCGUGUAUUCGUUUCCGUGGCAAUAGCCUUGCUGCCAUGGAKACGGGAAUCAGAAACAUGACCAAGUUGUCAUUCAAAUUCAAGACUUUGAACCCCAGUGGCAUGCUGGUUUAUGGAUUUGAUACUUCUGUGAAUUACUACUUCUAUMUUGCACUAUUCCAUGGCAACUUGUACCUAGUGGCGACCAACACACCCAAGACUGCAGAGCCAAGUUUUACCAAAGGAGAAACACUCAACCGAGGAGAUUAUCACACUKUGACCAUUGAAGUGACAGAAACUCGUCUUGUUGUGAAUCUGGAUACCCGCUCAACACCGAUAUUUAACGUCCCAACAUCAGGACCUAUACGACUUAACGGGACGUUAUACGUUGGGGCUCUACCAUCACCAAUGAAUGYCCCCUUUGACGUACCUGUAAUUGAGCCCUUCGUUGGAGGAAUGAGGGACAUCAAAAUCAACGACAGGACACAAGAUGUAUUCUCCGGGACCGCCAACCAAGUUUCCCUSGCGGGAUGCACCCCAGAAAUUAAURUYAUUCCUACCGCUAAACCAACAAUUCCCCCACCCACCCAACCCCCACCAACUUGUGGUGAUCGGUAUCCUGCUCUUCAACUGUCGACGGCUAAKGAUGAGAUCAGACUGGGACCAGGAAAUAUGUACAUUGGAUUYSAYYUACCUCGUGAAAUCUUSRAWUACAUGAAAACACAGCAUGUCAUUGAGAUCAGUUUCCGAUCACUCUCGCCAAACGGCGUACUUCUAUACGCCACUGAUAGCAUGCAGUCUCCUACCCAAUUCAUGGCGGUUGAAUUGGUCAACGGUCGCUUGGUGUUCAAGUUCAAUACUGGCAGUGGUCUUGUGCGUAUUCMAAGUCUAUUUAACACUUAUGGUAUUGGAGGUGAAUGGUACAAGGCAACGUUUUUUAGGAUCAAUCAGUUUGGAGGUCUACUUGUUUCAAAGACGAAAGAUUAUAACAAUAACAACAGGAAUGGCAGCAAACCGCUCAUUCUUAACUCACCUUUGUACUAUGGGGGGGUCCCCAAGGGAAUGAAUACAACAAAAUUAGAGGCGAUAGAUAAGAAUGGAAAAGCCAUUAGUUUCUAUGGUUGUCUAGGGACACUAGUUAUCAGCUCUCAGAAUAAAACACAGAUUAAAAACCUCAAUCCAAGGAAAGACUUCAAUCCAGACGAUAGCUCAAAAGGUAACGCGUCUUGUUACAAGAAUGUUGGAGUACAAGCAUCUUUCAACGGUCGAUCGUAUAUCAAACUAUAUGAAAGCUACGCUUUUUCAAAUCGAUUGGACUUGACGUURAGCUUCCGYACGUACAUACGWACUGGUCUGUUAGUUGUUUGGACAAAUAAGACUGGMAAUGGCGCCAUUACWCUUGAACAGCUUCAAGGACAGAUUGUAUUAACUCUCACAUCUGCGACUAACCAAACAUCACUACGAUGGACAGACCCUGACAUCCCUAACAAUGGACAGUACAAUGCGUCAUACAAGCUGUGCGAUAAUAAGUUCCACCAAAUCCGCCUUCAACGAGAAGGCUCAUCGGUCAUCAUAUCUGUGGACAAACAUCAACCUAAAUCAUUCACUAUUGAAGAUGGGUUCUAUCUCGAUGGAGACUUGUAUAUAGGUGGAGUUCCAG